AAGUUUGCAUUCUUGAAACGAGUUGGCAACACUGGUGGGAUUUCUUAAAAACAUUUUGUCCUCUGAGAGACGAUAAAGAAAAUUCGAAACAAAAGUAUUAACAACGAUGCUGCGAUAAAGCUGGAUAAAGCUAAAGAAACUUAUCUAUUAUCAAAGAAGAAUUAUUAUCAGAAAUAGGCAGAAAAGAGGAAGCAUUGAAAUUUAAGCUCAUUGUCUGUAUGCAUCACUGAUUUGACUGAUGACAAAAACUAUGUCUCUAGUAACUAAAUAUAUCACUGAGGAUUGUCUAACGACAUCAAAGCUAGAAGUAAUCCACUAUACUUGGACUAUUGCUGAUUUUGGGAAAAUUUAUGAAUGUGCUGAUGUGUAUUCUAGCAAAAUCAACAAUUAUUUUAGAUUUUACAUGUCUACUACAAAAGAUGAUUUGAAAUUAUAUAUUAAUGAUAUACCAACUAAAAAGAUUAAAGCUUCUUAUUCUAUUUGUUUGAAGACUAAUAAAAGAAAUAUGACGUCGGUAUCAAAAUCGAUGCAUGAGAUACGUACUAAUGAUCAGUUAUGUAUUAUGUCUUUUUACCCACGUUAUAAUUUCACAUUUUUAUCUAAUGAGAUAUUAAUAAUAUACUUUAUAUUUGAUAUAUAUCAUGAUUUCUCUAACAGUAGUAUACACCAUUUAUAUUUCCCAACUGAGCAAUUAAACAAUAUAAAUAUCGUUGUUCCUAAUAAAGAAUCUAACUCACUUGUUACAUUUGUAAUAAACAAAGAAUGUCUUCAAGUGAAUAAAGAUUUACUAUGUUCACACAGUGAAGUCUUUAAAGCUAUGUUUCAAUGUGGUUUAAAAGAAAGCGCAAACAAUAAAAUAGAAAUAACUGAUACAAGCUAUAAUAUUCUAAAGCAAUUAUUAUCCUUCUUACAAAAUGGUUAUAUAUCUCAAAAUAUUAAGACAAAUGCAGUAGUACUAUGUGAGCUUUUUAUAACAGCUGAAAAAUAUGAUAUAAAAAAUCUUAAAUUAGUAUGUGAACAAUAUUUAAUUAUGAAUACAACAAUAAACAAUGUUAUAAAACAUUUAGAGAUAGCAUAUUUAAAUGGUGGACAAAUUUUGAAAAACUAUGCCAUAAAGUUUAUCAAUUUACAUUUUAAAGAGCUUGAAGAUAUCCUAGAAUUUGAAACUUUAAUGCAAAAGUAUCCUAAGUUAUUAACUGAAAUAAAAGAUGUUAAACAGUAAAACUAAGCAGCGCAAGAUGUUAAUUUAAUGCAUCAUAUGCAUGAAAUUUUUAAAAAGUUGGAUAUAUAAUUUUUAUGUUAUUUGUUCAAAAUUUGCAUUCAUUGUAUUCAUGAUAAGCUUUCUUAAUUUAUGGUAUAAUAUUUCUAUAUAUAGGGUGCUUUAAAAUUCGAGGAUAAUAAGAUUGCAUAAAAGUUCAUGAAGAAUUAAAUAAUAAUAGCGCCAUUUUUUUAUUUCAAAAACUAUUUCCUGAAAUAAAAAGUCGCAAAUACCUCUGUUACUUAAUUUUUUAGGAACAUUUAUAUGCUGUAAUUUUAUUAUCUUUGAAUUUCAGAAUAUGUAAUAUAUAUUUAGUAUUAAAAUAUAUGUGUUUUUUAUAGGUCUAAAACUGUUUUCAAUUUUGUUUUAGAAAGAUAGCAUAAGUAAAUGCCAAAAAAUCUUAAUUUUAUUAUAUAUAUAUAAUAGCGCUCUUCAUUAUUAUUUUACAUCAGAAUAUAUCUUAUUUU